AUGCACCCUACUCACCAAAUCUAUCUGCCUACUGAAAUUGUUGUGCAAAUCGUCCGCUUUGUGGCUGCAGAUGAAGCCCAUCGUCAAGAGGCGCUAUAUGCAUGCUGCUUAGUAUCGCGUCAGUGGUAUUCCGCAGCCGUCUCCUUUCUGUAUGAAAAGCCCCGGCUACAUAUCGGAAACUCUUUCCAGCAGUUUGUAUCAACUUGCUCAGGAGUCGGUGGACGGAGGAAUAAAUUGAAUCUGGGAAGUUUUGUCCGCCGCCUGGAUCUCAGUCGGCUGGUGCACCAUAGCUCCAACAGCGUGACUGCCAGACUGCUUGGCCGAGUCAAGGCGAACCUGGAAGUUUUCGUGGCUCCAAGGGUGUCAUUUGCUGUCAAUAGCCUUCCUGCUCUGUCAAAAUGCACGAAUCUCCGCCAUCUUGAUCUCUCCCUGGUUGCGGAUCCGAUCGCCUUCCCCAAUCUUAAGAAAGCGUUAAGUCGUCUACCGCGACUGCGUACUCUUCGAAUUCCCCGCUCAACCAAUCUCGAUGUCCCCGACUCAUCACGAACAGAAUGGCCUCCCCUCCUUCAUAAACUGCAACUGAGCGGUCACUUCUCAGCCACUACGAUCCCCUCAUUUUACUGGCCGCCUGCUCUCACCAGCCUGACUUUGAAGAAUUGCACGGAUUUGUCGGUGACGAACAUUGCCUGCUUGUUCAGUAGUCCGCAGCUGAGCGAGACCCUAAAACACCUUACAAUAUCCUACGCAAAUCGUGGGCUUGAGCCCGGGUCUAUCAAUGCUGUGACGGCGUUCUUACCCAACCUGACAUAUCUAAGCGUCCCCGGCGAUAUGGUAGAUGAGACAUUCUUCGAUGUUCUAUACUUCCUGUCACCUCCUUUGGCUCUUGAAGUGCUCGAGUUCGACAUGCCUCACUUGGACCCAGUACUCCAUUUUGAAACAGCAUCCUUAAUCAUGGCGCUGGACAAAGGCCUGAGUAAUGUCCGUUCCGUCGGUUUUUCGGAUAUAUUCUGCACCGACGAGCGCAUUGUCGAAGACGAAGAAGUUGACGAUGUCCUUCAUAAACAUGCUAAGCAGAGAGCUGAACAAGGUGCGCCGACCGCGGUCGACGAAACUGAAGUCGGAGUAUAUUACAUGUGA